UGCAGUGGGGAGAGGAGCAGUACUGGUCAGAGGAUCAAAAUGAAGCACUUAACGUUGUUGGCUCUGGCACUAACCUUAAUUGUUUCGAUAUGUGUUGCAAAGUCGCCAUAUCAAGCAGUUCUGCAGCACAGCAGAAUAAGAGGACGGGCGCAUGGCCCUAACGUCUGUGCAAUGCAGCAGAUUCAGGGAACGGAUAAGAAGUAUUUCACCAACUGCAAACAGUGGUAUCAUCGCAAGAUCUGUGGAAAGCCAACGGUGAUCAGCUAUGAGUGUUGUCCUGGUUAUGAAAAGGUAACGGGAGAGAAGGGUUGCCCCGCAGCCUUGCCCUUGGUGAACAUCUACAAUACUUUGGGCGCGGUUGGAGCCACCACCACUCAAAUGUACUCUGACAGGGCCAAGCUGAGGGAUGAGAUUGAGGGACCUGGCAGCUUCACAUUCUUCGCCCCAAGCAACGAGGCCUGGGCUGCCCUGCCAACUGAAAUUCUAGAUGCCUUGGUCAGCAAUGUCAACAUUGAGCUUCUGAAUGCACUGCACUACCACAUGGUCAACAGACGUCUGACCUCUGAAGACCUGAAGCACGGCGCCGCCUUCCCGUCAAUGUAUCAAGACUUCGAUGUUCACAUCCAUCACUAUCCCAAUGGAGUUGUUACAGUGAACUGUGCCCGCCUUGUGAAGACCGACCAACAUGCGACCAAUGGAAUUGUGCAUGUCGUGGACAGAGUCAUCACCGCCAUCACCAAUGACGUCAACACUUUACUGGACACCGAUGAUGAGCUGGAGACAUUGCGUACUGCUGUUGCUGCUGCAGGUUUGACCACCAUGCUGGAAAGUGAAGGCCACUACACAAUCUUCGCCCCAACAAAUGAGGCCUUUGAGAAGAUUCCUGCAGAUACUCUGACCAGGAUCUUGGGAGACCCAGUGGCCCUGAAAGACAUGCUGAAUUACCACAUCUUGAAGAACAUGCACUGCUCUGAGUCCAUUGUGUCAGGAAUGCCCUUAGAAACUCUGCAGGGCACUGUUUUGGAAGUGGGCUGUGAUGGAGAUGAGAUGACCCUCAAUGGCAAAUCCAUCAUUCAGUCAAAGGACAAACUGGGCACCAAUGGAGUUGUCCACUAUAUCAAUGAGCUCCUCAUCCCUGAUUCAGCUAAGACACUCAUCGAGCUCAUGGAGGGAUCCACAGUCACCACAGCAACCAAGAUGUUUGUUGAUGCUGGGCUUUCCAGUCAUCUUACGGGCUCUGAGGCCAUUACCCUGCUGGCCCCUCAGGACGAUGCUUUCAAAGGCAGCUUGACCAUGACUGAGGAGAUGAAGAAGUUGAUGAGGAACCACUUAGUGAAAGACCAGCUUUCUUCCAAGGGCCUUUAUCAUGGACAGGAACUGGAGACUCUCGGAGGACUUAAACUGAGAGUGUUUGUGUACAGAAAUAACCUGUGCAUUGAAAAUGCUUGCAUUGCUGCACAUGAUAAGACUGGACGAUUCGCCACCAUGUUAACUGUUGACAAGGUCCUUGCUCCGCCCAUGGGAACAGUUAUGGAUGUCCUGAAGGCAGAUAAUCGUUUUAGCACUGUGGUUGACGCCAUUCAGAAGGCGGGCAUGACCGAGCUGCUGAACAAGCAAGGAGCUUACACGGUGUUUGCGCCUACCAAUGAUGCCUUCAAGGCUAUGCCCCCGGCUGAACUCAACAGACUCAUGAGUAGCACCCAGCAGCUUGCUAGCACUCUGAAGUACCACAUGGGUGAGGGGCUCCUGGUCAGUGGCGGAGUGACCUCUCACACACGGGUGCAGCCCUUGCAGGGAGGGAAGCUGGAGCUGGGCGUGAGAAACCAGACCAUGUAUGUGAACCGAGUGCCUGUUGUUGACGCUGACCUGAUGGCCACCAAUGGGGUUGUUCAUGCCGUAAACACAAUCAUUAAGCCACUCCCUCCCAAGGUUCAGAACGAUCAAGCGGCUGGAUCUGUGAUAACACGUGCAUCUGCAGUGAAAGCAGGCACACAAGUCCUCAGAAAUGACGAUCUCUUCCAGAAGGUGAUGCGGAGUCGGUCCAGUAAAACAAUGACUCGUGUUCAGUAAAUCCUUUCAAGCAAGGGGAUAAUUAUCAACUUCACCUUCCAAUAUUUGAACUUGUAGUGUUUGGUUUAUGGACGAUAUGCUUAUUUUGGUCUUUCAGGUGAUAGGAUGUUUAUUCUUGUGAAAACUGUUCAACAAACAAUGUUGACAGACACAAAAGGAACUAUUUUAGUAGUCAGAAAUGAUUUGUUUGAACUUAAGUAACAAAGGCCAAGAUUUGGAUAAUCUCUUUGUUUGAUGUAAGAACUAUAUGAUAAACCAAAGACAGCAAUUUGAUAUGAUUUCAUAUAGCUUUAUAAAAUAAUUUUGAAUAUUCGUUCAAGUGACUCUUGUUUUUCAGUUUAAGAAUGUUUAUCCAGAACAGAUUUUGAGAAUUGUAUACUGUGUUUUGUUUUAAUAUACCUGUAGCAUGUUUGCAUGGUUUAAGCUGGAACAAAAAUGCUAUUUGGGCACAUACCAAUGCAGGUGUUUUAUCAUGUCUCCUUGAUAAUUGUCUAUCCUUUGUGUUUUCAUCAGUUUAAAGUAAAGUAACACACAAACCAUUUGUACAUUACUGUGGCAGUCAUGUGUGGAAUCAAGCAACAAUGUCUGCACAUAUUCAAAUAAAACAUUUCAUUUUUUUAA